AUGGAUGGAUUGGCGAAGCAUAAUGGUUAUGAUCAACGGAAGCUUUACGAUGCUUGGGACGAUGUUAGGGGUGUUCAAAAUCAGCAGUUUCGCAGCAAUAAGGUUGCUUAUGAUCGACGGCAUCGUAUCCAGAAACCAAUAUUAUAUUACGGUGGUCAGAUGGACCCAUGGGAAGAUGGAUGGAUGGUUCUUAAGCCUCCAAAUGAGAAGUUCCCAUCCACGGCGGUUAUUGAGAAGGGUUUUGUGAAAAUGGCUGUCAACUUGGCUUAUAUACAACCAGAUACCCGACUAGAAGUAGAACAAGAUAUGACCGAGCCUAUGGUGAAAGAAAAUGAUUCAUGGUUUGGACUGAGCCAAGAUGAAGCUGAGUGGAUUACAGCUACAUGCGAUGUAGUGGAUUCAGAUGAUGAGCAGGGGCCUAGAUUUUACUUGAACGGUGAUGAAGAAGUCGAUGAUAGACAUGUUACUUUGAGGAGAUCCAAAAGAGUUAGGAAGAAGGCUUCUACUAAAAAGAAGGAAGGAUCUAAGUCCCUAGUGGACGUAGUCAUAAGCUUUAUACUUUAA